GUAUGUCAGUUUUGACCUUGAGGAUCAUCACUCUCCUCCUUCAUCAGCUACCUCAGCGAUGCUUUUAACCGGCUAGGAAUUUAUGUGUCAAAGAAUGGUAAAAGCAGCCAUGAAGCUUCAAAGAGGGAGUGGGAAAAGGAACGAGUGUCCAAAUUAAAGGUCCUCGUGGUGGUUUUCUCCAAAACCUUUGCGUCUCAUCUGCCAUGUUUGGAAAAACAGAUAUACUCAUGUCGUAACUACGACGACUUUGUGGUGGUUCCGGUCUUCUAUCGUGUCAGUAAAUCGUCUGUAAAGCAACUUCUGGAAAAUUUUGGUGGCGCCUUUGAGGCGGUCAAACAAUCAAUGCAUAAGUUGCGACGACGCCAUGAAUAUGAUUCUAAACGAAGUGAAACUGAAUUUUUAGAUGAAAUAGCCAGGGAUGUGUUUGAGAGACUCUAUCCAACAGAAGAGAUUGGGAUCCAGUCACCAGUUGAGGAGAUAGAAAACUUGUUGUGCGAACAACCAUGGGGCGUUCGCACCAUAGGCAUUUUUGGUGAGCCUGGCGUUGGCAAGACGACUUUGGCUAGAGCCGUCUUUCGCCAAAUGUCUGGUGGCUAUGAUGAUUCAUGCUUCAUCAAAGAUUUCCACACAGAAUAUAAUGAGAAGAGUCUUAAGAAUUUGUCUCCUGAAUACUUGAGUGAGACUCCAAUGGAAAAGUUUGACCGAAAUAGUUCUGAUUCAGAGCCAUGUCAUCGCAAGAAAAGGGUUAUUGUUUCUCUUGAUAAUGUGCGAAAUGCUGAAGAUGCAAAUAGUUUUCUUGGUGGAUUUGAAAGGUUUGGUCCAGGGAGCUUGAUUAUCAUAACCUCGGGAGAGACACAAAUUCUUAAGGACUGCCAUAUGAAUGAGAUUUAUGAGCUAAAAGGUCUAAAUGAUCAAGAUGCUCUGAAGCUAUUCACAAGGUGUGCCUUUGGGAGAGAUGUUACAGAAGAGAUUCUUCUGGACCGUUCAAUGAAAGUGAUUGAAUGUUGUAAUGGGAAUCCCUCUAAUCUUCGGUCAUAUGCCAAGGAGUUUAAGGGCAUGGAUGCGGAAGAAAUGGAACCAGAGUUGCCUGAAGGUUGUGAAGUAUAUAUUACGGGCCACAACGUAUCUCGUGACAUCGUGAAGGACACAUAUAUGCACACUAUACCCUAUGAAGAGAACGAUGAACUGCAAGAAAUUGAGGCGUUCCAAUCCGAUGACCAUGCUGUUUUGGCCAGCACUGAUGCCAGAACGGCUGAAUUUCAAACUUACUCUAAGAAGCACCCCGGAAACCGCUUGUACCGAAGGUUUAACCAAAUAUAUUUUUCCUCCGGGAAAGCCGGUAUAGAAUACUUACGCCGAAAGCAGAAUUAUUUACAACAAGGAUUAACAACUCAGCUUCAUAAAAUUUCGCAAAGCAUCUCGAACACAUGUGCCCAGAUCGAUCAGCCAGUGCUUUUGGAUCUCGAACAGCCAGUAGUUUUGAAUUUCUUUUAUCUCCCUCCAGGUGUUUUUAAAAAAGUUGAGCCGGAGGAAAGAGAAUUUACUCGUAAGGGUAAUAAUGACAUAAGAGAAAUUGAUCAGAUCGAUCAAGUUAAUUGACUGUGUCACCAAGUGUCAAUAGCUCAACUGAGACUCUUAAGGCAAAACCUAUAUCUCCCCGGUUCAAGUGAUACUUGGAAGGGAACUAUAUAAAAUGCUAUGAUUUAUGGGCAAAUGGAUAUACGAGUCUAGGCCUAGAAUCUCUAAGUUAUUAGAGAAAAAAAAAGUUUAUAGUGUCAAAUACUGAUCCAAUUAAAACUCAUGUUGGACAAACCUCAUAUGCCUAAUUCGACCAAGUUUGAUAAAUCAUUGUAAAAAAAUAAGGUCGAUUGUUUGUUUUUAAUUUAUAUAUCUGUAAUUUGUAUAAAUAUGUUAAAACAGUUAUUUUUAAUACCAAGAUGUUA